AUGCUGUGUAAAGGCGUAGGGAUGUUACCUCGAAGUCAUCCAUUUGCACAUCCACCCAAUGCAGCAAAAUUCUUAGCACGGCGAAAGCCUAUCUCAGAGAGAAGAGUCCACUACACCACAAUUCUCUGUCCUUCGGCGCGCAGACAGACCCUAGCACUUUCGGUCGACGUACCGGGCCUGUUCGAAACCAAACCCUUCUCUUGGAAGCGGUCACUCUCCCUCUUGUCGCAAUCUCCACCCAGCGACCGAACUCUGUACUUCCGCGGCCACCCCAAUGCUUUCAAAUGCAUCAUCGUCCUUGAAGAACUCGGUCUGCGAUACGAAGUCGUUCAACUCGAAGGAGGUAGCGAUCCUGAAACAAUACCUGGCUUUCUCCACAAGAACACCAGCGCGCGCACUCCUACUCUCCGCGAUGGAGACAUUGGUGUCUUCGGCUUCGGCGGGAUAACAGCGUACCUAGUCGACCAUUAUGACCCCUCCGCUUCGCUGUCCUACCCACGUGGCACGCCGGAAUAUUACACCAUGCAGAGCUGGUUUCUGACUCAGGUCAGCCGCUCUAAGGCGAGGUUUGUCUCCCAGGAGUCGCCUCAUGGCAUCAUCGUGUCAUACCAUAGGUCAGAACGUAUAAUCAAGGACUUGGACGCAAGGUUAUCCCAGGUGGAGUGGCUGUCGGGUGACAGAUAUACGUUUGCGGAUAUUGCUAGUUAUGGCUGGGCGAGGUGUAACCCAGCCCUGAGGACAGUUGAUUUAGCUGCCUUUCCAGCCUUCAAGCGCUGGGUAGAGAGGAUCGAAGGGCGGAAGGCGGUUCAGAAGGCGAUUGACACACAAACUCGCUUGCUGAAAGAAGGGAAAGAAGGCAAAGAAGGCAAAGAAGGCAAAGAAGGCGAAGAAGGACAAGCAUCCGCUGCACCAGAACAGGGGAUGGACAGAUAG